CAAAACAUUUAAACGCAUGUUUCCAAUCAUUUCUCCGCAUUGUCAGCGCUAAACCCAAGGGAAUGAAUAUGCUAUAUAUACAUCAUCCCAUGAUGCCCGUCUUCUAUCUUAAACAACUCUUCCCAAAAAACCAAAAAGAGAAUGAAACAGAACAAAAACAGAAAAAGGCCUCAGCAGCUGCAAGUCCUCUCUUCCUUUCCCUUUUUUUUUCUUCAACUUGCGCUGAAACAGGGUCCACCCAUAAAUUCACAAUCAUAAAUACGAGACGCCUUGUAUAUACCUGAACUGGAUAUACAAAAAGGAAAAACAAGGAAACGAAAACAAUAUUAAUGCCCCAAUGCUCCUAAUAUGACGAGGAAAGAAAGCUUUAAAAAAAAGACAAAAGUAUAUGUGAUGAAAGGAGAAAUUUUAACAACGCAGCAG